AUGUCGCCACCUCCACCUCCUAUCCUUUGGCGCUGUGCCACUGACGCAUCUAUGCGCCGCGAGUAUGGGCACAGAAUCCUGAAUACAACCAGCUGCGUCACUGGCGCUGGCGCUGGCACGCACAUCCGGUUCACACUAAGACAGAGCGAGCUCAAAAUUAGCCCGUUCUCCACAAAAACGGGCAGUCUGCCCCCAUGCUCCGUAGCAGUGCACCUCAUCACCGUGUACCUGCCCCGCAGCUCAGCGGCGUACGAAGCUCAACUAGCCGAGCAAAAGAGCCUCCUGCGGGCGUCAUACGCUGCGUCAGGUGGGGUCAAUUCGGAAGAGGAGAGGAAGGAAGGGGACCGGGAACCCGGUCCGGAGGUGAGUUCGCCGUGGGCUGAUGCCCGUCACUCGUUCAGGUGCGCGUUGUGCGGUGAGCCGCCCGUGUACGCGCUGUCGCACGUCAUGAGGCGGGAACGAGGUGGGUCAUUCGACGACGCGAUGUCCGACGGCGGGCUUCGGGCACUGGCGUGUGGGUCGCUUGAGCAAUGA